GUGUGCCUGCUCCGCUGCACCCUGCUGUCGUCCCUCCUCCUCCUCCUGGUCUGCAGCAUCCAUGAGACGGAGCAGAACAGCUACUGCCAGCAGAUCAUCACGGAGAAGCACCUGGCCGAGCUGGAGGAGCUGGCUGACACCCAGAUGCAGCACCCAGGCAGGGUCUCCUUCAAGUUCAUCAAUAAGAUGCAGUUGAACGAUUCCGUCUGCUACGUGAAAGCCGCUUUUCCUCUGCUGGGCAAGAUCCUGGAGCGAACCGAGUUCAAGGAGAACUCGUCCAACGCCAAGAAGAUGCAGAUGGUGCGCAGCAUGUACAGCCGCAUCGACGAGAACGUCGACCCCUGCAUCAGGGAGGAGGAUGAUGAGGAGAGAAAGCUCUCGCAAAUGUGCUUCGAGGAGUUCACCACCUCCCCCUACGAGAUGCUGGUGCUGGUGAAGCAAUUCUUCCAGGACAUCAACCAGCUGCUGCAGAACCAGGAGACCUUCGAGAAGGACUGCAGCCAGGUCUACGGCAGGACCUGCUUGGGACCCAAGAAGGCCGGAUCCUCACCAGGUGUGGGGACAGAUCCUGACUGCAAUUGCCUGUCCCCUGCCCUCCCUUCUGCCACCCAGCCCUCCCUCUCUGCUGCCACCCAUGCCGGCAGGGAGGGGCCACCGAUGCGGCAGACAGCUCCAGCCGACAGGACAGCGCCGCUCCUGGAUCCGGCCGGGACCCUUAGCCUGGCGGCGGUGGACGUCUCCAUCCUGUGUGGGGAUGGAGAGCUGGUGGAGGGGAGCACCGAAGCGGUGGCCGGCCAUCCGCCGCAGGAUCUGGCCCAGCAAGAGGGAGCCUCCAUCCUCCCAGACCAUCCUGGCGGGCUCAGGACCACCACGCCGGCAGCAUCCCCCAGCGCCGCUGAGCGAGCGUGCAGAGACCUGCGCUCCUGGCUUGGUGCGGACCUGCCGGGCUCGCUGCGGCCAGAGGUCUCCGCUGUGCUGAACAUCGUGUUCCCCCCGGGGCUGCAGCCGCCUGCCUCCGCGCUGGAAGUAAAGGCAAAGCAGUCGCAGUGA